AUGACGACGAAAAACGCGAACGAGCGCGAACACUUACUCGCCCCGAUCCAGGAAAAUGAACCGUUCGAUCGACAACCUUCCACGUCGAGCAGCAAAUACACACUCUUCGCCAUUUCUGCCGCGCUCUUUGCGCUGAGCACGAUUGGCGUCGCCGCGGUGAGCAAACACGCGCUCGUGACGAGUUCCUCUUCUGCGCAACUGGGAAUGAUGAAUCCAUCGAAAGGUUUUCAGAAGAUUGAAAAAGCGAUCGAGAAUUCGUUCGAGGUGUUCAACCGAGCGGACGUGCAUCACGAUCCGUCGAAUUCGUACAACACCUUCCACCAAGAACGAUACGAUACGACGACGGAACAUCGAACACCGUUGCCAACUUUAGGGAAGAAAGCAUCAUCCAGCGACGGUCCACACGUGGUGACUGGCGCGUACAAACCGUUGAACGAAGUGUACGAACCGGUGUUAGACGUACCGGUGGUGUUCAUCGCGUUGCGAGAUAACGACGAGGAUUUAUGGAAAGUCCGACGAACGAUUGAAACUUUAGCCGGGGAAACGAGAGUGAAUUACGAAGAUUUGGCGGAGACGGUGAGUAUUUCGCAAGGGAUCGAUGCCAAGAAAUGGCCGAAAGAUAUCGCGAACGCGGAGUACGCGGUGAAAGAUAUAAGGAAAUUGUUUCAUAAGAAAGUGAAAGACGGGACGGUUUUCGCGUCGGACGUGAAAGAUUUUUACCAGUUGAUGGGAUUGUUGAAACACAUCGACACGAGGAAAGCAGACGGGACUUUGGACCAGUUUUCAUUGGAUAAAGGUUUGUCGCAUCACGUCGGGUGCUUGUACGCGCACUUGUAUCAGUGGCAGUGGGUAAAAGAUCAAGGGUGGCCAAUCGCGUGGAUUAUGGAGUCAGAUGGGAAUAAGAUGACGAACGUGCCGUUUUGGGCGGUACAAACGUUGACGGAAAACAUGCCCAAGGAGGCGGACGUGUUGUUUUUGCAAAACUUCAUGCGAGAACCCGGGUUUGAAGGGCCACACUUUAAGAGCGUCGGAGUGAAAGGUCCAAACGGAGCGUUCGCAAAGAUUGACAUUUAUAAGAUGAACACUCGCGCGAGCGCGUUGAGUGGGUUGCAAUCGUACGUCAUCACUCAGAGCUUUAUUAAAAAGGCGCAUAAUUUCAUAGCGACGUACGGGGCAGACAUGGUGGAUGCGUUUACUGCCGGGAACAUGUGCGCAUACAAGGAUUGGUGGAACCAAGCGGAUAUCUCAAAAGGCGAGAAGCCAAUUUUGAACUGCUUCCAAGCGUUGUCGAAACCGAUCGAGGUGGAAGGGGUCAAGCAAACCAUGGUCGCUGGUUAA